UUUAAAUAAGUUUGUGCGAAAUAAUUUCACGAUUUUGCGACCGUACGGUGAGCCGGGGAGGUCACCAGAAUACACCCUUGCAAUUUCUGGCUGGACUAGAAACGGUUCGUCCCCACGAGCAUACGCCCUCAUUUUCCAGAUGCCAACUUCCAAACAACACUGUACUACCAAGCUCCAAAACCUCUGGAAGUAACAGAAACUCUUAGCUCAAGUGUGAAUCCUACAGUCAAGAUGGUGGACUACGAAGCAGCCCUGGAAUACUUGGGCUCGUUUGGCAAGUACCAAAAGCUGAAAUUCGCCAUGCUUUUCGUUAUGCAGACCCCUGUUGCAUUCCAUAUGCUGGCGAUGUCUUUCCUAGCGGCGAAAGUGGAUCACCACUGUGCCUUACCCGGUAUGAAGGAAGCGGGCUUCGAACCCCAGGACUCCGAGUGUGCUCUAAACUUCUCCAUUCCUCUUGUGUACAACGAAGAUAAAGACGACUGGGAGUUUAGCCAGUGUACGCGUUACAGUGAUGUGGGGAUCUACAGUCUUGGCAACCUCAGCUGUCCGUAUUUUGCCGACAAGAACGAAACCGGGGAAAGGAGCGCCACCAAAUGUGACCAGGGGUGGUGGUAUGACCGGACUCAAUACCACGAGAGUAUCUUCACUGAGUUUGACCUUGUCUGUGAGAAGAAGGCCAUGAGCAACAUUGCACAGGCGCUGUACAUGCUGGGUGUCCUGUUGGGCUCUGUGGGCUUUGGUCAACUCUCUGACAUAAUCGGCAGAAAGAAGACGUUGCUUCCGUGCCUGGUUCUUCAGAUCAUAUUCGGCGUUGCUACCGCCUUUGCGCCAGACCUGACGACCUUCAUCAUCUUCCGUCUGAUCGUCGGUGCAGCCUGUCUGGGGUCCUUUCUUUCUGCGUACGUUGCAGUGACAGAGAUGGUUGGAACGGACAAGAGAACGCUGGUGGCAACAUGGUGUCAGAUCUCCUUCGCUUUCGGGUUGAUGAUCAUGGCCCUCCUGGCGUACCUACUGAGGAGCUGGAGGCACCUUCAGCUGACCAUCUCUCUCAUCAAUAUCCCGAUGCUGCCUCUGUGGUGGUUUAUGAUCGAGUCUCCAAGAUGGCUGCAGUCCCAAGGUCGUGAUGAGGAGGUAGAGCGCAUCAUCAGGGAAGCGGCCAAGGUCAACGGCGUGGUGGUUCCGGAGUCAGUCUUCACUACAAAGAAAGCAGAACCAAAGGAGGACACAGGAAAAUACACGGUUUUGGAUCUUGUCCGCACGCCAAACAUGAGGAAGAGGUCCAUCGUUAUUUUCUUCAACUGGUUGGUGAUAACUAUGGUUUACUACGGACUCGGGCUGAAUACUUCCUCCCUGGGUGGGAACGACUACAUUAACUUCGCCCUGGCGGGGCUGGUGGAGAUCCCGGCAUUGAUCGGGUCUAUCUACGCUACUGACUACUUCGGAAGGCGGUAUCCGCACUCUGCAACACUAGUGCUUGGAGGAAUAGCCUGCUUGUUCACGCCGUACCUCGCACCGCCUUACGUUGCAAAACAUCUCAACCCACUUUCCAUUACGCUUGCAAUGGUCGGAAAGUUCGCAGUGACUGCGAGCUUCAACAUCAUCUACUUCUGGACGGCUGAAAUGUACCCGACUGUGGUCAGGAACGUUGGAGUCGGCACCUCCUCUAUGUGGGCCCGUGUCGGCGGAGUGAUAUCCCCCUUCGUGCUUCUCUCUGACACCGCCUGGGGCCCUCUUCCCUACCUCAUCUUCGGCGUCCUGUCCAUGACGGCCGGCGCCGUGGCGCUGCUUCUACCCGAGACGCUCGGGGUCCCCUUGCCGGACACGUUGGAGGAGGGGGAGCAUUUCCGAAGAAAGAAGCCGAACCCGCCAAGAGGGAAGGAAGUCAAAGAACAAGAAAUGAGACUGACACAGGAGGAUCAAACUGGAAACAAGGUUUAGACAGUUCAUACCGUAACUGCCGUCAAUGCAAAUAAGUAAAGAUUAAGUAGGAUGACCAAUUAGAUUAGCUUUGUAAAGAGGAGAUCUCACUAGGCCAAUAUUUGUUUGUUUGAUUUUUUGUUUGUUUGUCGCUGACUCUUUUCAAAAGACAUUCACUAAAUGGCACCAACAGGUGCCAAUCAGUCGCCUGAAAUGGUGAUUUUUUUUAACUCUUAAAAAAAUGCAAUUCAAAGGAUUGUCGCAAGUGGGCGCCAAGUAGACAUUGACUUUUCACCAAUAGGCACGAUCACUGAAAAUCCUAAUCAUUGUACGUAUUUUUUUUUUAAUUCAAUGGUAACACUAGGCGCGGCCCAUUGAUGCCCAAUGAUGUAAAACGAGGGGAAAGUGCAUUUAGUUUUACGCCACAAACAGCAAUACCUGCAUCUUGGUGGUUGUAAGAAUAAAUGAUGAUAUGCCAGGUGAUGAUUGUUCCGUGUUCUAAACUAUCUCAUUCUGAUUUACUAACCAAGAGCUUGCACGCAAUAUACAACGUUUGAACCCUGAAAUGACAAAAGUAUUACAGCACUUUCUUUGCAUUAAAAAGGACUAAUCAUCAAAGUUCGAACUGACCUGUGCUGAUACAAGAUACAAAUAAGACCUCUUAAGUAAUCUCAGAUUUCCCUCGCCUUACUUUAUAAUCAUAUGCAUCCUUUGGGAAUAUUUAGAGACAUUACCAAGAUGUCCAAUCGACGCGCUCUAUCGAAAUAUACCAUAGAUAACGACGGUGGUCCAAUAAGUCUGCGAAAGUGGUAAUAAGGUUCACAUAACUUCAAGAAAGCUUUCCCUCAUGUGUUCCUAAGUUACGUUAGUAGUUUGUAUUUCAUGUAUGCUUUGUGUGGUGAAUAUUGGUAUUUCUUUUAACCCUGUUAUCUGUAUGUCUUAUUUUAUUGUCGGCGAAAUAAGUCAAACCCAACAAAACUAGCACCAUGUAUAUUUCAGAAUAUAUUAUCAUAUAGCCAGGCCCCGCGGACCAAUCAGAGGUCCCCGUUCCACGUUGGUUAUGACGCCGUAACACAAAGAUUUAGGCCAGGCAGGUGUGUAUC